UGUCAACUUUGGUUAUGUUGUGUUAUUGUUUGAUUUUUCGCAUUUUUCUACUUUUCUGCUCGUGUAAUCGUAUCAGUUCUUUUCAGAACUAUAACAGUUCUUUUUAGAACUCCAAGUUAACUGUCGUAUACCGUGGUACGUGUCGCUUGCUUGAACGUAAACAUUCCACCAUGCCGAAGCCCUUGCACAAAGAUGUAAAGCAAAUGGACGAUAAUUUAGUGGACUAUUUUACUAAAGAACGCGAUAGCGGGGGACCUCUUUUACCACUAACAGCUGUUCAAGACAUUCAUGGCUCACGUUACAGCACUGGAGCCUCAUGAUGUAAGGCACACCGUCAGCCUUAACAAAGCGAAGAAUUUGAUUCUUGGAUUAGCGAAACCGUUGUCGGACAUUUUUCAGCUCUUACAACAAAAGAUCGUGGAACUCCAAAACAAGGAGGAAGAAUCGGAGAAAACAGACUUAAACAUCACUGAACUGAGAAAAAAACUACAUAAAUCGACCGUCGAUUUGGAAAUAGUUCCUCUCAAACACUCGGUUUUGGUUUGUACAAAUCAGAGUUGUGUACAUUCCGUCAUGGUCGGAAACACGACAAGGAGUUGUUAUAAAACGAAAUGUCUGGAACCGUGUUGGACAGGAAUAAUUAACUACGAAAAACUAGGACACUGGACUCUAAGGUUUUGCAAUCAAAUUGAUUUUAUUGGUUUUAUUUGUAAAUACUGCAAAUGUUCUGGUUCGAAGCACAUGACUAUCUAUUACGAAACUAGAAUUGUGGAAAAGCAGAUCGUGGACGAAAGUGUGCAGACGAAUAUUACAAGCGAAGAAAAACAGCGCGAAGAGCUAAACGAACUCAUCAAGAGCUUGGUGCAGGAAAAGCAAGAACUCAUCGAGGAGAAGCAGUACAUCAGCCACUGCGCUGCCAAGUUUGCACACUUUUUGGAAAAGAAUGUCAUCACGACUGCGUACGAUACUUACAGGGAGUACCUUAACCUAUCACUUGAAAGACAGAGGAGUCUUGGAAAGGAAGCUAAUUUCAAAGUCGUUUACAACCUAGAGAGCGCUUUAAAAAAUCACGACCAAUUAAUAAAGUUUCUUAACGAGAAUAAGAAACUUCCAGACGGCGAAGAGAUCACUGCCAAAAGCAUAGAAGAUGAUACUGAAAAACUUUAUAAGCUGAAGCGCAUGGGGCCUAAGAUUAAAGAAAUUGUCGAUGCAAGAACAAAGUGCGUUCAGAAUGGAAUUCAAGCAAACUUCAAGUCUAUUAUCACUAAAAACAUUCAACCCUGGUUAAGUAAAGUGAUGUCUUAUGUUCAGAACUCGGACACGAUAAUUGAAGGUUUGAUACGAGUGGGGAAUGGAGGACCUACAGGGAGCACACACUAUUCCGACUGCCAUUAACAGUUUUUUGCACACGUUAUGUUGUUAUCACUUAUUAUAUUGUUUUCAAAAUAA